GAGCAGGAGUGGGGACCGGGCGGGGGGUGGAGGAAGAGGCCUCGCGCAGAGGAGGGAGCAAUUGAAUUUCAAACACAAACAACCGCACGAGCGCGCACCCACCGCGCCGGAGCGUCGCCCCCGAUCGGCGCCCGCCCCGUCCGUGCGGCGCGCGGGGAGACGCCGUGGCCGCGCCGGAGCUCGGGCCGGGGGCCGCCAUCGAGGCAGGGGCCGCGCGAGGGCCGGAGCGGAGCGGCGCCGCCACCGCCGCACGCGCCAACUUGGGCUCGCGCCUCCCGGCCCGGCGCGGAGCCCGGGGCGCCCGGAGCCCCGCCAUGUCGCGAUCCAACCGGCAGAAGGAGUACAAAUGCGGGGACCUGGUGUUCGCCAAGAUGAAGGGCUACCCACACUGGCCGGCCCGGAUUGACGAGAUGCCUGAGGCUGCGGUGAAAUCAACAGCCAACAAAUACCAAGUGUUUUUCUUCGGGACCCACGAGACGGCAUUCCUGGGCCCCAAAGACCUCUUCCCUUACGAGGAGUCCAAGGAGAAGUUCGGCAAACCCAACAAGAGGAAAGGGUUCAGCGAGGGGCUGUGGGAGAUCGAGAACAACCCUACCGUCAAGGCUUCCGGCUACCAGUCCUCCCAGAAGAAGAGCUGCACGGCAGAGGAACCAGAGCCCGAGCCCGAAGCCGCUGAAGGCGAUGGUGACAAGAAGGGGAACGCGGAGGGCAGCAGUGAUGAGGAGGGAAAGCUGGUUAUCGACGAGCCCAGCAAGGAGAAGAAUGAGAAGGGGGCGCUGAAGAGGAGAGCAGGGGACCUGCUGGAGGACUCCCCAAAGCGUCCCAAGGAAGCAGAAGACCCUGAAGGGGAGGAGAAGGAGGUGGCCAUCUUGGAGGGUGAGCGGCCCCUCGCUGCGGAGGUGGAGAAGAACAGCACUCCCUCCGAGCCCAGCUCUGGCCGGGGGCCCCCUCCAGAGGAAGAGGAAGAAGAGGAGGCGGAGGAGGCUGCCAAGGAGGAUGCUGAGGCCCCGGGCAUGAGAGACCAUGAAAGCCUGUAGCCACCAAUGUUUCAAGAGGAGCCCCCGCCCCGUUCCUGCUGCUGUCUGGGUGCUACUGGGGAAACUGGCCAUGGCCUGCAAACUGGGAACCCCUUUCCCACCCCAACCUGCUCUCUCACUCACUCUUCCUCCCCAAGCCCAGCCCCUAGAGGUUGACCUGCACGGGGCAGGCCACCUGGCCCUCGCCUCCACGUCCCCACACCCGUUGUCUGAGUUAGGGCUGUGUUUUCUGCUCCGUGCGAUGAGAUGAGGCCACUGUGUCCCUCCCUGACUGGAGCCGUCUCCCAGGCUUUCUCUUGGGGCCUGGACCAGCCAUUUCCACCUCCUGACACCUCUCUGCCCCUUCCCCAGGCAUUCUGGACCUCUGGGCUGGUUGGGGUCAGGGAUAGGAGUGGAAAGGAUGGAGGUUAAAUAGCAGGGUGAGCAUCUGGGGCCUAGGAGGGUCAGUCCUCACAUUGGGGUGGGCAGGAGGAUGGCCUCUUCUUGAGCUCCUGUUCUUUCUUCCCUCACCUAUUAUCCCAGCUGCAUAGAUUUAGGGAAAGUGGGACAGCUUGUGGGGGAGGGACUCUGUUCCAUAAAUUCUUGAUUGACAACACCCAUUCUUUUGCUAACCCCAGGAGUUCUGGGAGUUGUAGUUACUCAUCAGAAGAUUUUGGGGCUUCCCAGUUUGGGCCAAGCACCUGAGAUCUAAAGCGUUGACCUCCUCAACUUGGGUGGGAGUGUUGAGAAAUAGCUGUCCCCCUUUAGAUCUCUGGACAGAGGUGGGAUGCCCUGGGGAGACCUCUCGCUGCCCCUUUUCCUCUCCCCAUAGUGCUGAAGGCCAGCCUACAGUCACAUGUCACCCAGACAUAAAGGAAAGACACAUUUUUUAGGAAAUGUUUUUAAUAAAAGAAAAUGUAAAAAAAAAAAAAUUUAAAGACACCUAUCCCUUUGUGUGCCCCCCAUUCUGCUCCUUUCUUUCCCACUGUUGCCCCCAUUUCUGAGUGCACUGGGAGGCUCCCCUCUUCUUUGGGGCUUGAUGACUUUUUCUUUUGUAGCUGGGGCUUCGGGUGUUCUUCCGGUGUCAUUUCCCAUCCACAUACUCCCACGUGGUCCCCUCAGUGUUGUCUGUCACCAGACGGAUCAGUAAACCGCUGAGGACCGAGGGAAUGAGUGCCCUUCCCCGACCGCUGAGUGGUCUCCAUGCCUCUCCUCCAUCUCGUGUCUUUCACUUUUGCCCCUCUCCCUUGGGCUCUGAUGAAAAAUUGCUGACUGUAGUUUUGGAAGUUUAGCUCUGAGAAGCGUAGGUGAUUUCAGUUCUAGGAAAAUAAACCUGUUGAUUACUACA